AUGGCAACAAUAUCAAAAGAAAGUCUAGCUCAAUUUUGGUUAAAUACAUUUCCAAUAUCAUCGAAUUAUGAAUCUAUAUCAUUUUCGGAUUCGAAAGCUGUUCAAAAUCUAUUAGAAUUCGUAUCCGACAAUAGUGAAGAAAAAAAAAUUUUUGAUAUUAUUAAUGGUUAUAUACAAGAAACACAACCAAGAAAAUUUCUUAAGACAACAGCACCGAAAAACUCUUCUCCAAAACGUCAACGUGCAAAAAAAAAUUCUUUAAUAAAUAUUGAUCCAAAACUUCUACGAUUCAAUGUUCAUAUUGAUGUUGUAGAAAUUCUAGAUUAUGAUGAAGAAGUUCAAACAGUUGUCGAUACAAUAGUUGAAGAUCGCUCAAUAGAAAAUCUAUCGUCAAUGCUCAAUGAAUCUGAUUCGAAUAUAAUUGCAAAGCGUUUUCAAAAAUUAAUCUAUCCAUGGCUUAUCGAUGUUUCAUUUCAAAUCUCCAAUGAUAUAUUUUCUAUUAUAGUUGAAUUGAUGAAUAAGAAUCCUGAUGAAUUUUUUCUUAGUUGCUUCGUUCCAUGGCUUAAUAAUCAACAUGUGUCAACGGAUAAUAUAAAUUUAUUUCUUUCGAAUCUAUUUACUCAAUUGACAAAUAUAUCUGAUCGUUAUACAUUAUGCAGUUAUCUAUGUCAAAAUAGCACAUGUCCAUUUAAUGAUAAUGAAUUAUGUAUAAUUAGUAAAUGGUUUGAUUGUAAAGAAUUUUAUUUUUCGAGUGAUUUAUUAAAUAUUUUACCAGAAAAAAUUGCAACAUCAGCAAAAAUCUUUUCAGAUAGUUUACCAUUUGCGAAAGUUCUCCAUAAAGUUUUAAUUAAAUGUACAGAAAAUAAUCACAUAAUAACGAAUGAACAGCGUUUUAUAUUGAAACAAGCUUCGAACAACAAAAUAUUUUCAAUUAUUCUAAGUCAAUAUUCGAGUAUUAUCAUAAUCAUGUUUCUGGUCACAUUUUAUUCUAUUUGUAUUCUUUCAUGUUAUGCUGGCAUUUUGCCAAGCGGUACACAAAACAGUCAUAAAGCUCGUGUACUUGAUUUACCUCUCAGCCAACAAGAACAUUUUACUGAUACGAAUCAUGAUGAAAAAGUAGAACAUAAUACAGCGUACGAUCACGAAGCAUUUCUUGGCGUUGAAGAAGCAAAAAAAUUCGAAAAACUGUCCGUUGAAGAAAGCACAAAGCGUCUUGGUGCUCUAUUCGAUCGUAUCGAUAAGGAUCAUAAUGGUACAGUAACAAAACAAGAACUAAAAGAUUGGAUUAAAUCUGUUCAAACACGUUAUAUAACUGAUGAUGUUGAACGUCAAUGGAAACAAAUGAAUAAUGAUUCAAAUAAUGCAAUAUCAUGGGAUGAAUAUGAUAAAACAACAUAUUACGCUCUAUAUGACAAUACUCCGGAGCCGGACCAAGUAACAGAACAGUAUCUUCGAUUACAAAAAAAAGAUCGACGAAGAUUUACCAAAGCUGAUGAAGACGGUAAUGGAAGUUUAAAUAAAAAUGAAUUCGCCGAUUUUAUUCAUCCCGAGCAAAGCCCUCGUAUGAAAGAUCUUGUUAUAACGGAAACCAUUGAAGAUAUGGACGCAAACAAAGACGGCUUUAUUUCCCUCGAAGAGUUUCUUCAUGACAUAUGGGAUAGUACAGAAAAUAAUAAUACAGUCGAGCCUGAAUGGGUGCAAACAGAACGAGAAAACUUUCUUGCUUACCGUGAUCUUGAUCAUGAUAAAAAAUUAAAUCGAAAAGAAGUUGAAUUAUGGUUGAUGCCAGUUGAUUAUGAUAAUAUUGAAGCUGAAACGUCGCAUUUAUUUCGUGAAGCUGAUAAAGAUCAAGAUAAUCAAUUAACAAAAGAAGAAAUUCUCGAUAAACACGAUGUUUUCGUUGGCAGUCAGGCUACCGAUUGGGGUGCUGAAUUACGAGUUCAUCAAGAUCUUUAA